CAGUCGACCGUGGACGCCCGCGGAAGCCGCACGUCUCAGUACUCGCGUUGUGGAUAUUCUCAAGCAUUACGUUUCGUUACACAGCAAAUAAUAACGAUGCCUGUUUCACCGAUUACGGGAAUCGACGAUGACCAGCGCUUCGCUUUGAUGAAGUUCCGUCGCAGCGUCAAAGAUGUCACAAAACCAGAACACGAUGACCACUUCCUUCUGAGAUGGUUGAGAGCAAGACAAUGGGAUGCGGAAGCAGCGGAAAAAAUGCUUAGAGACUCCCUGGCGUGGCGUGAAAAAUGGGGCAUUGACUCAACAUUACCGGAGUGGCAAGCGCCUGAGGUCCUGGAGAAACACUUCCCAAGCGGCAGCACCGGUUUCGAUAAAGAAGGAUCACCAGUAAUAAUAGUCCCAUUCGUGGGUCUGGACGUCUGGGGCCUGCUGCACUCCGUGACGAAGACUGACGUCAUCAGGAUGAUACUCCGUCAUCUUGAAAACUACCUGGCGAUCGCGCGCAAGCAGGCAGAGACGCGUGGACCUCAGGCUCUUAAGGUGACAGUCCUCUUCGACCUGGAAGGCUUCAAUAUCCGCCAGUACGCGUGGAAACCGGCUGCGGAGAUGGUCUUCACCCUACUACAGCUGUACGAGGCCAACUACCCUGAGAUACUCAAGUCCUGCUUCAUUGUGAACGCCCCCAAAGUAUUCUCCCUCGCAUUCUCCGUGAUCAAAAAGUUUAUGCACGAGUACACCAUCUCCAAGAUCAAAAUCUACGGGACAGAUACCAAGAAAUGGCAGUCGCAAGUUCUAACGCUGAUCGACAAAGAUCAACUACCAGUGCACUAUGGCGGGACCGCUGUGGAUGACAAUGGGGAUCCACGGUGUAGCCUUAUUGUAAAACCAGGAGGCAAGGUGCCGAAGAGUUACUACUCGCGAAACGCGACCGGAGACUCCGAGAAGGAGUUCAAAAGAGUCACCAUCAAAACGGGCGAGAAACAUGUCGUCGACAUGCUGUGCGGGGAGGGGGAGAGCGUGCUUAAGUGGGAAGCAGGAGUGGACCACCACGAGAUAAAAUUCGUGAUCAAGCGAAAAGAUGAGGAAGGUGCCGAGACCGUUGUCUACGGUCCCAAGAAGAUCGGCGAGGGGCCAGUAGAUGUCGGCAUUAUGCCUAUCACUGGGCCUGCAACUUAUUCAGUGAUAUUCGACAACAAGAGCUCCUUCCUAAGAAGCAAGAAGGUAUUUUAUCACGUCGUCGUGGCCGUGCCCGAGCGAGAUCUCAACAUGAUCGUCGAGCCCGACGACGAUAAAUAACCUGAACCAUAGACAAAAUAGACUGUAGGAUAAUUGCAUUGUGAUACUUUUUAUAUAUAACUGAAAUAG